AUGUCCCUCUACUACGACGCCGUCAAGAUCCUAACCAGUCCCUCCCCAACCGGCGGUUCCUUCAAAUCCCGCAUCUACAAUGCCCGAAACAUCAAAGCCAACCCCGCGCAAAUCUACGCCCUAACUAUCGAAGCCUCGAAAUGGGACACCGUCCUCAAGGAAGUCAUCGACAACGCCGGCAUCCUGAAACUCGAGCCCAAGCUCACACCACUUCUCGCUCUCCUGCUGGUCCACGACCACCUUCUCGCGAAAAAUGGCAUCGCGGCGCCAAGUUCGCAUCCCAUCCGCCAGGCCAUCGAGCGCCAUAAGACGCGACUAAAGGGUGAAUUCAUCAAGGCGCGCGUGCGCCGCGGAUGCGCAUCUGUCGAGCAACUCAAGGACGCCGUGCAGAAGGAGAAACAGCCGCUGGGGUCGGCGGCGUUUUACCCGCGAUGGAUACGGAUUAAUAACGUGCGCACGACGGCGGAGAAACAAUUCGAGAGUACCUUUGCGUCGUAUAAACGGGUCAAUGCGCUGUCGGAGCUGGCGGUUAAGGACGAUACAAAGAGGAUCUACGUCGACUCUAAUAUCCCGGAUUUGGUUGCUGUGGCGCCCGGGGUGGAUUUCACGGCUACCCCGGCGUAUAAGAAUGGGGAGAUCAUCUUGCAGGAUAAAGCGUCUUGUUUUCCCGCCUAUCUGUUGUUCGGGGAGGGGAGUGUGUGGAGUGGUGGGGAUUUGGUAGAUGGGUGUGCUGCGCCGGGGAAUAAGACGACGCAUUUGGCGUCGCUGCUAUGCAAGAAUGAGAAGAGGAAGAAGCCGAGACAGCGGAUUAUUUCGAUGGAUGCGUCGCAGGUGCGCGCGAAGACGCUCCAGAAGAUGGUUUCGGCGGCCGGCGCGGAUCACUUUACGACGGUACUUCCUGGGCAGGAUUUUUUGGCGCUGGAUCCCGAGGAUGAGAGGUUCGAGAAGGUUUCUGCGUUGUUGCUGGAUCCGAGUUGUUCGGGGAGUGGGAUUAUUGGGCGCGAUGAUGUUCCGAAGUUUGUUCUUCCGGUGUCGCCGGCGGAAGAGAGGAAGAAGCAGGGCAAGAAGAGGAAGAGGGGACAGGAUGAAGCUGGGGACGCUGCUGAUGGGUCGGUGUCGAUAUCGGCUACGGAUGAGAAUGAGAUGGCCAGUACGCAUUUGGACCUGGAGCGGUUGACGAAGUUGUCGAAUCUGCAGACCCGCAUUGUGGAGCAUGCGAUGUCGUUUCCGGCUGCUACGCGAAUUACGUACAGUACUUGUUCAAUUCAUCUGACUGAGAAUGAGUCGGUUGUCGAGCGGCUUUUGACGUCUGAGGUGGCCAAGCGGCGUGGAUGGAGGAUUAUGCGUCGGAAUGAGCAGCCGGAGGGAUUGAGGACGUGGAAGCAUAGGGGUGUCCGGACUGAAAGCCGGGGUUCCGGUGACAGCGAGACACAGGACGGUACACAGGGCGCCGAGCUCAAGGUUGACCUUUCCGAUGAAGUGUUGGAGGGUUGCUUGAGAUGUUGGCCUGGCGAUGACGAGGGUCUGGGCGGAUUCUUCGUUGCUGGAUUCGUGAGGGACGAGAGUCUAGCUGGAAAAGUGGAGGACCCUCAACAUGGACAUGAAGACAAGAGUGAGGAUGACGAUGGCGAAGACGAAGAUGAUGAAGACGAAUGGGCAGGCUUCUCCGACUAG